AUGUCGCUCGCACGAACAAUCAACUAUAUCCGAAAGGAAGGAAUCAAAAAGUUCUGGAGGGAUUUGAACUACAUCGGUGACGCCAAAUCCGGUCGUCUUGUCGGUGUUGACAGGAAUGGCAAUAAGUAUUACGAGAACCAUAACGAGCUCAACUUGAGACAUCGUUGGGUCGACUACGCUGCCGAUAACGAAUUCAACGCAUCGCAGGUGGAUCCUCUGUGGCACUCUUGGUUGCACCAUAUUCGUCAAUUGCCACCACAUGAAGAUCCUGGUAUUCAGAAGAUGAGUCAGAGCUGGAUGACCACCCCACGAGAGAACAUCACAGGUACUCGAGGCGGUUUCAAGACUUACAACACUGUCAAGCCUAAGACCUCGGCAUGGGAGCCAAAGGUUGCUGAGCGAGGAUGA